AUGAAUAACCUCCUAAAAAACCACAGUGUGAAUAACCUCCUGAAGAGCCAUAAUAUGAAUUACAUCCUGAAUGAGCACAACAUGUGUGCUGCUCAGAGGGUGACAACCCUAGUGGAUAAGCUACUAAAACAAGGGGGAGAAGAAACAAAGAACGAAAGAGUAAUGGAUCAUAAUGAUUUAGAAAAAGAAAGAGGCAUUACUAUCAUGUCCAAAGUGACAAGAAUAAAAUAUGAUGAUUAUUUUUUUAACAUCGUUGACACGCCGGGUCAUUCAGAUUUUGGUGGAGAAGUUGAACGGGUGCUAAAUCUCAUUGAUGGGGUGUGCUUAAUUAUUGACGUAGUUGAAGGGCCAAAGAACCAAACCAAAUUUGUCCUAAAGAAAUCGCUGCUAAAUCCAAAGUGCAAAAUUAUUGUCAUUAUGAAUAAGUUUGAUAAACCUAGUAAUAUAAAAAAAAAAGAAGAAAUUGAAAAUGAAAUAUUUGAUCUUUUUGCUGAAUUAAAUGCUCCAGACGAAUUGAUGAAUUACCCGAUUCUUUAUGCCUCUGCGAAGAAUGGGUGGUGUACGGACAACUUCGAGGACGCCAAGCAGAAUAAGUGUGCACAUAAUAACGUACUAGUCAUAUUUAAAAAAAUGAUAGAAUAUUUUGAUUCCCCCUUGAAGUUAUCCUCGUGUAGUGGAAACCCCUCAGAUGUUGACGCAAAAAUAGGGUCACAGAAGAGUAUCACAGGGGAUGAUGCAAAUGGUAUAACUCCUUCAGUUGGGGGGUCGUUGGGAAGAGAUACUUCGAAGGAUGGCAGUCUCGUUGAGGACCCUUCCAAACGCCACCCCUGUGGGGAGGACAAAGAAGUGGAAGCGAAAAUAAUGAGCGAGCCGUUCAGAAUGCUAGUCAGUCUUAUAGACCACCAAGAAGGGGUAGGCGUCACAGUGACGGGAAAAAUAUACGGAGGGGUUAUCAAAAAAGGAGACACGAUUAUUGUGAAGAAUGAGGAAAAUAAAGUAAAAGGAACAUGUGUAAUUAAGAACAUCUUCUACAUGAAAGGACGAAAAAUAGAAAAUGCUAAUUUCGCCAGUGCAGGAGAUAUUGUAAAUAUUUCCUUUUCGAAGGGAGUUACCCCAUCAGUUAACGAUACAUUGUCAUCCGAAGAAUCCGUAUCAAGUUUGAAGGCGAGACCAAUUGAUCCUCCUGUUCUCUGCUUAAAAAUUUCACAAAAUACAAGUCCGUUAACAGGAAAGGAUGGAAAACAUAUAACUCUCUCCUCCAUAGGUAACAGACUUAAAAGAGAAGCAGCAAUAAAUGUGGCUAUCGAAAUUAACGAGUCGGAAAAAAAAGAUAGCUAUGAAGUGAAAGGAAGAGGAGAAUUACAAUUAGGCAUUCUUAUCGAAAAGUUGAGGAGAGAAGGAUACGAAAUGACCAUAUCAUCUCCAAAUGUUAUUUACACAAAAGAUGAAAAAGGAAACUUACUAGAACCAGUAGAAGAAUUUCACAUUACCAUACCAUCUGUAAUUAGCUCCACUGUUAUUGAAAAAUUAAAUACAAGGAAGGCAGAAAUUGUAGACAUUAUAAAUGACGAUAAUGAUAAUACUUUUAUUAAGUGUAUUUGUCCCUCGAGGAAUUUUUUUGGUAUGAGAUCUUACCUUCGUGAUGUUAGCAAAGGGACAUCCAUAAUUAACUCAGAAUUGAGAGAAUAUAAAAAAAAACAAGCGUCCUACAGAAGUGACAGAAAUGGGGUAAUAAUAUCCUCGUCCAAUGGAACAACCACUGCCUUUUCGCUAGAUCCCAUUCAGUUAAAGGGAAAUUUAUUUGUUAGUGAAAAUUACCCAACUUAUGAAGGCAUGAUCAUCGGAGAGCACUUCCUAAGCAAUGAUAUUGAAAUGAACGCUGUGAAAGUUAAGCCCGUACAACACCUGAGGAAUAAGGGCCAUGAGGAAACCAUAAGGAUAAAUCACAAAAAUGUCACUAUUGAGUAUGCCCUUUCGUUUAUUCAAGACGACGAAGAAAUAGAAGUUACUCCAAAAAGGAUCGUCAUGCGGAAAAAAAUCUUAAACACGGAGCAGAGAAAAACAGCAAACAGGAAGGCCAAAAAUGGUUAA